AUGUCUUCAAUUGAGCAUAACCUCCCUCCCACCAGCGAGCGUCGCAACUCCCUCGAGAAGCAUCUCCAGACUCGCCCUGACGUACAGGACCUCAAGAAUCGUCACAUCCUACUCGACACCAAUGUGGCUCCAGCCCUCCAGUCCGCUCGCCAGGAGCUUGACCGUCAGCGUGCUUCAGAUAACCUAAAGAAGCACUUGGAGAAGCGACCGGAGAAGGAUGCAUUGGUUGAACGCAACAUCCUCCCCGCAACCUCCGCCGCCCCAGCUCUGCAGGCCCACGCCCGCGAACUCGAGAAACAUAUGCUGGCCGAUAGCCUCGAACAGAAGAUCCAGAACCGCCCACAGCCUGAAGAGUUGAUUUCACAGGGAAUUCUCUCCGAAGAUGAGAACCCGCGCUCCCCUGUCUGA